GUGUUUACCUUGAGCUUGACUAUUUGCCGCUGCUGUACUGCUUCAUCGACCUUGGUGGCUAGCUACAAGCUAAGAAUGGCGGGCAAUACAUGGAGGUCAGCGAUUGUUAACCUACUCAGAAAAUGGAGUUUAUCGAUCAGUGGCCAGGAUAAAAUCAAGGCAAAGGAAGUGCAGCAAGUGGCAGGAGUCUUGAGAAAACAGACCAGGGCAUUGUCUCGUGGGAUGCAUACUGUUACUUUGAUACCCGGUGAUGGAAUUGGACCAGAGAUCUCCACUGCUGUCAUGAAGAUAUUUGAAGCAGCUCAAGUACCCAUUCAGUGGGAGGAGAGAAAUGUUACCGCCAUUAAAGGUCCCGGGGGGAAGUGGGUGAUUCCUCCCGAUGCCAAAGAAUCAGUGGACAGGAACAAAAUGGGUCUGAAAGGUCCUUUGAAGACGCCAAUUGCUGCAGGUCAUCCCUCCAUGAACCUUCUCCUGAGGAAAACCUUUGACCUCUACUCCAAUGUGCGCCCUUGUGUUUCCAUCGACGGCUACAAGACGCCCUACACAGACGUGAACCUAGUCACCAUCAGAGAGAACACAGAGGGGGAAUACAGUGGGAUUGAACAUGUGAUUGUUGAUGGAGUCGUUCAGAGUAUAAAACUCAUUACAGAGCAAGCCAGCCAACGCAUUGCAGAAUAUGCAUUUGAAUAUGCAAGAAACAAUAAGAGGACCAGUGUUACUGCUGUUCAUAAGGCUAACAUAAUGCGCAUGUCAGAUGGGCUCUUCCUCCGAAAAUGCAGAGAGGCUGCUGAAAGGAAUAAAGAUAUUAAGUUUACUGAGAUGUACCUGGAUACUGUGUGCCUCAAUAUGGUUCAGGAUCCUACACAGUUUGAUAUUCUGGUGAUGCCAAAUUUGUAUGGAGACAUCCUGAGUGACCUUUGUGCUGGACUUAUUGGUGGACUUGGAGUGACCCCCAGUGGAAACAUCGGCACCAAUGGUGUUGCCAUUUUUGAGUCUGUUCAUGGAACUGCCCCCGAUAUAGCAGGAAAGGACAUGGCCAACCCCACAGCCUUGCUGCUCAGUGCAGUCAUGAUGCUGCGCCACAUGGGCCUGCAUGACCACGCAAAGAGGAUCGAGAGUGCCUGUUUCGACACCAUUCGAGACAAAAAGGUGCUCACCGGAGACCUCGGAGGAAAGUCAAAGUGCUCCGAAUUCACGGAAGCAAUAUGUCAACGAGUGCGAGAUCUUUAAUAGUAAUUGUUUUGCGUUUGCAUCUCCAUGUUUCAAACCAAAACACAUUAAAAAAUAUUAUAUAUAAUACAUAAUAAAACUGUCGCAGGA